AUGGCGCGGCAGGGCAGACUCGUCCUCGUCGCCGCCGCGGCCGCCCUGCUCCUCCUGCUGUGCGGCGGGACGGCGCUGGGGGCGAAGCGGGCGGCGAUCCCGGACGACCUCCGCGACGUGGUGGACGACGAGGAGGACGAGGAGUGGCGGCACUGGGGCGCCGGCUCCGGGGCGCGGGACGUCCCCGACCGGCCGCCGCCGGACCUGUCGCGGAUGGACCCCGCCGCGCUCCGGGCCGAGAUCCUCCGCGGCCACGGCGGGCCGUCGCUGGGCUUCGUGAAGCUCCGGCCCGGCGUCCGGCGGACCCGGGAGGAGGUGGCGGGGAUCGCGACGCGGUGGAGCAACGUGCUGCGGACCGGGUCGGUGGCGGCGAAAUUCGUGGCCGUGGACUUGGGCACGCUCAUGUUCACCAUGGAGAGAGGGCGCGACAUGCGCGAGCUGAAGGAGUUCAUUCUGGGGCAGCCGGAGGCGUACGAGUUCAAGGUCGGCGACCAGUUUUUCCGGAGGCCCGGAGACCCGCCCCUGGACCAAGUUAUCGAGAUGCUACGGAAACAGACCAAGAAUGAAGAUUCUUAA